AUGAAGUUCAAAGUCUUACGGCGGCCUCCUUGGCGCCGUAAGAAGUCUCCUUCUCCUUCCCGUCCGGGGCACGCUGCUCUGUCCCUGGAGGAGGAGCUGGGCGGCGCCUCGCAUCCUGUGGAUGCUGCGGCAUACAACGAGCUGGUGACACCCCGCCGCACUGAGCUGGGCCUCGGCACACCUGACAAGAGCCACAUCGUGUUCAGAGCAUCUCGCGACCACGUGCCCCGCAGUCACCACAAUGAUGUACGCUGUGGUGCGUCCCGCGGCUUUGCAAAGAUCUGGAGGCGCAGUGAUCCCUGUGGCGGGGCUGAAGUAGACGCCUUCCCCGGGCAGGAGUGUACAACCUGGGCAGGGGCAGGGAGGGGCACAGACUAUCAGGAGGGCGACGACCACUGCAUCACCUUCUUUGAUGACGUGCCGCAGGGCUGGGAUGAGAAUGUGGCCAGCCCUUGCCGAACAGCAGUGAGACAGAGGGCGGGCAGUGGUGGACAGGUGCCCCGUGAGGCUGCAGCACAUUCCCAUCUCCCCUCCGCCGCACAACACACAACAUGCUUUAUUGAUCCCCUAGACGCGGCGUGUUCGCCCGUGUGCGGCGCGUGUCCAGGCCAGGAGUGGGCGGGCGUGGGUGAAGGAGGCGGGGCUGGCAAGGCAGCGCGGGCCGCGGCAGGAUUGCCUGCCCAGUUUGGCGGCGACUCUGUGACCCGUCGCGUGGCCCAGCUGCCCGCUGCGCCCCCUGCCGACUCCCACCGACGCUCCCGAGACAGACACAAACUCAAGUCUCGAAAAGCAGUGAGCGACGCCCCUCCCAUGAUGAGGGGCGGCCCGCGGGGGCGGCGAGCCGGGCGGGGCUCACCAACCGCUGCCGAAGGGCUGCCCCAGCAAGAGGCGGCAAGCAAAUCUACGAAAGUGCCCGGCGGAACCACCCUGCCGGGCCACGCCACCCCAGUCCUCACCCACAUUGACUACGACAGCAGCCGGCCCCCCGGGGGAAAGGAAACACUGAUGCGCCCCCCUCCCCCUCCCUCUCCUCUUCAGAAGAGCCGCCCCGGGCGACGGUCAGCGGCGUUGCGGGUUGAGGGGGGGCGUGACGGGGGGGCGUGGUCAGGGGGGCGCCGUGUCCAGGGAAGCGGAACAUGUGGAGCACUGGGCCAGCCAGGACCUCGCACCACAGUCUCCGCGCGCGCCUCUCCCAGAGCACACGCGCGUCGCUCCGUGACCCAGAACAGUGUCGUCAGAAGUAACAGUACCAGUAGUAGCGGUGGGCGAGCCCGAGUUGUCAGUGUGAGUGAGUGUGAGGGCACGGAGCCAUGGCCGCGGGACACCGCCGCCGUCUGUGAGGGAGAGUGUGUGUGUGACAUGCCCUGCAAGGUGUCGGGCAUUCCAGUGUACCAGGGUCGGGGGGGCGACCCUCCACGCAGCCCGCGCGAGGAUGGCUCCCCCGUGGCACCUCUCGGGGCAGCGGCGGGACAGGGGCGGGGCACUGCUCGACGCGCCGCGGCCACAAGAACCUCCCCCAGCUUCGGUGGCAUUUCUCCCGUGCAGAUGCCGCGCCGUGGAAGCUUUGGUGGCCCUCGAGCCACCGCUGGGUCUGGUGGGGAGGUAAUGCUGCCGCGGCGCGCCUCCUUGCCGGGCCCUGGUGUCAGUGCUCCUUGUCCUGGUACGCCUGAGUCUCCACAGGAGUCUCCCAGGCUCAAGGCGCGGACUCCGUCUUCUGCAGGCAGAGGUCCAUCCCCGGCCCCAGGCUUCCGAGCUGCCUCCCCGCUGCCUGCUGGGAAGGCCUCAGCCACUGUGCGGCGAAGAGAGUCGCAGCGAGACGCACGCACGCCGCCUUCAACUCCCUUGGCUCGUCGACCCCCGCCACGCGCCGUGUAUCAGGUGAGGCUGGCCGCUGCAGCUCCUGGCACAAGGGAAUCACCACCCUCCUCCCGCGAUAAGCCUUCCUCCAAACUCCCAGUAGCCGCCCUUAAAGGGGACGCCUCACCAGGGGGCAGCCGCGCCCUUACUUCUCGGCCUGGUGCUGCCAGAGCUACGCCGACGCCACGGGGAGGACGAGAGGCCGAGGCGGGAGAAGGUCGCGGCGCAGGACAGGCUAGUGCCUCGUCCCUCAAACUGGACACUCCGCCGCGUUCCCUCCCAUUGUCCUUGUCACUCAAGUCCCAGAAGUCUGGAGCAAAGCAAGUGAGCCAGGACCUCAGUCCUUCUAACGGGACGACCUCACCACAGUUCCAGAGUGGCCCAAGGGGCGGCCAGCGCGCAAGCUCUACUCCCCACCUUGCUAGGAGCUGGACACUUCAGGAAAAGGCCGCCACCAAAGUGGCCACCUCCCCCGUCAGGGUGGCUGUCCCACGACGCUCUCCCAGUGACGCCAGCAACCACAACGACUCGCGACUAGACCGCUCGCUGAGCAGCAGCUCCACGCAGAUCAACACACGAGCCGGCACAGGACCAAAGAGCUCCCUGAUGGCAGGUGACGCCGCCAGCCGUGCCCGGAUCGUGCGGCGCGUCAUGGCUGGUGGUCGCUCAAACUUAAGUAAGAAGAAAUCUUCAUCCAAGACUUCCCUGACGGUGGGUCGUCAAAACUUAUACAACCGCGCUAAGUCAGGCUCGCGCUCGUCCCUGCUGGGUUCACGCAACAACGUGUUCCGCGCCUCGCUGGACUCACAACGCACCGAGAGCACCACUGACUCAGGCUGCAACUCCCCUCUAUCUGGCAGCCAGUGUUCUCUCGACGGGGACCGCCGUCGACAUGGCUCUCCACCCUCCCCUGUCCCCAGGACCACUGCCACGGACCUCACAAACAAGAUGAGCUCGGCUUUGGGACGUUUCUCGUCUUCCAUCCACACUUCCCGCCCACCGGAGUCAUCCACUAUCAAAGGCUUACCUUUCGGAGCAGGCACGAGCAUCAGAACCGAGGGACGCAUCGAGAAAAACUCUGCGGCUGCUGGAAAGAGCCUGUUGUCUGCCCACUCCCUCAACAGCAGCCAACUGGUGCGGGAGGUCACCAAACCCGUGGUGUCAGUGAAGAGAUCGUUCAGUCUGCAGUUCCCUAGCUCCCGCUUGUCCCGGCCUCGCCUCGGCAGCCACGAGGAGAGGGAGUCACGCCUCCAGCCGGGCAUCAAUGUCUCCAUCCGAUCCUUGGUGCCUGACACGCCUCCCCGGGGCAGCGAGGCGCAGCGGAACGAGAGGGGACGAGUUGGAGCCCGGAAAGAGGUUACUAAGGUGAGCAUUGUGGCCGAACCGAGGACACGCGAGGAAAAGGGCAUUCAGGUGGAAACCCCGAGCAGUGCAUCCCCCACCUGGUGA